AUGGCCGAAGGGAUUGAAACUUUGCAAUCCCUGUACUCGCAUUCGGCGAGUUCGUUUUCCGACGGCCCUUCUUCAAACGCAUCGUGUGGGUCUCGUAUUUUUGCUCGACAAGACCCAGUAAAUCAGCAAUCAGCUGGGCACGAGGCUCCCUGCUGUCCCACGCCGGUGGAUAGCCACGCCAGCGGACGAGGUAACUCUUCCGGACGCUAUUCACUUCGCGGUGGUUCAAAAUACGCUCCACUACAUAGCGUUGACCACCGCCUGAGUCCACCAAAAGAUGUAGUGGUGGCGAGAACACCUGAUCCGGCUCGAGGGCCCGAUCAGCUUGAUGUUCAGGAGCUGAACUGUGAAACGGAACAGUUGCAAGAUGACCUGGAUCAUGAACGGACUCGGCGCUAUGAGCUCAAUGAUCUUGUAAAGGAGAAUUACAAUUUCUUAACGCACGAUCGUUCGAACGAUCGUGCCGCGUUUGCGUUCGCACAUCUAAAGAACGAACGCUCGACUCGUUCUCUUCGUGACGAGCUGGAUGCAGCUCGUCGAGACAUUGCCUAA